AUGGAGGAGUCCCUGUCCUCCAAUGAUCUGGCACAGGUGCAAAGGCCAGACUCGAAGUCUGCCUAUAUACAAUUCCACCCUUCCCUGGACGAGCAGCUGGUCCGGUGGGCUGAGGGUAUAUCCGGGCUGUUCACCUUGGAAUAUGACUUGAAUCGUGGUUAUGAUGCCGGGGAUAUAAGCAAUGGGUACUUCGUUCAUUUCUUCGCUCCGAAUGUAUCUCAACCUAUCCCAAGAGAUGUCUUGUUUAUCCUGGACACCAGCACAUCAAUGUCCAACACAAAAAUGGAUCAGAUGAAGGAGGCAAUGAAGGCUAUUCUUGAUGACCUUCAAGAAGGUGACACGUUUAACAUCCAGGAGUUCAACUCCAAAGCUAAGAUGUGGAAGGACACUCUUCAGCCCGUAAACAGAGAGACUAUCAGACAGGCACUGCAGUAUAUACACAAGAUAUAUCCUACAGGAUGGAUAAACAUGAACCAAGCGUUAACGCAAGGUCUUGAUUUUCUAAACAACAAUGCCAGACAUCCCGACAGCGGUUUGUUAUUUUUUCUAACGGACGGCAAGGCGACGAAGGGCGAAGUGGACACUGGCAGGAUUCUUCAGAACGUGAUGACGAAGAACAAGAUGGAAACCCCAAUCUACAGCUUGGCGUUUGGUAGAGGUGCUGACUGGGAGUUUGUUAAGAAGGUUGGCGUCCAGAACAAUGGUCUUGGAAAAAGAAUAUAUGAGGACUCGGAUGCAGAGCUUCAAAUUGGAGAUUUCUACAAGGAGAUAUCUACAACUCUUCUAGAAGGAAUCAACUUCCUCUAUCCCGAAGAUCUCGUGGAUACUGAUUCGCUGACAAAGUAUUCUUUCAAAAAUUUCUUCGAAGGGUCAGAAAUGAUAAUUGCAGGAAAGCUGGAUGACAUAACCUUGCAGAGUCUGACUAUGAACGUGUUAGCCAAUGCAGUGGAAGGUCCAGUGGAUCUUCAGUUACAUUCUGAUGUCCCCGACUUACAAAGCCAGUUUCGGGAUAUGACAGGGUUGACAGACCCGCAAAACCUGGCGAAGAUCACAGAAAGAAUGUGGGCCUACUUAACCAUCAAGGAGAUUCUGGAGAAACAAUUCGGCGAAAAAGACCGUGUGCAAAAAGAACUUCUGAAGCAGAAAGCUAUAGAGUUGUCAUUAAAGGUACUUACUAUACAUAGAUAUAAUUAUGUACCUAUUAUAAACGGUCUACUUGUAACUAAAAUCCGCUUAGACAAAUAUUUUAGCAAUUUGGUAAAUGUCCUUAAAUACAACACCCCCCCCCCAAAAAAAAAAACUCGCGACUUUUAA